GUAUGGUUAGCCUAGUAAGUGGCCUGGUCAGGCUAAAAAAAAAUAUGAUGGCGCAACAGCAGGUAAGAAAGAAAAGGACAGGACAGAACACAAUUACAGUCUCCUCAAAUUGAUUUAUGAGACAGGAUGGCAGCAGCAUGGACAGUUUCAUGGAAAAGGAAAACAGGAUUCGACCUCUGGAGCACAGACCUGGUCAUCAGUAAAGGCUUAAGUUGUACUGGGUGGAAUUCUUUGAAGCUCCAUUUUUAGGCUUUGGUAAGGAAAGGAGGUCCCACUCCCUUUCUCUGAAACAUCUAUGUUCAGCAGCAUGAUCAGCAGAGGCAGCUUCCUUCUCUCUGCUCUCCUUCUCUGCUGCGGAGGAGAAGCCCAAGAGUGUAUUUGCCCUGAGGGCUGGUCAAAGUAUGAGAGCCACUGCUUUAACGUUGUCCAAGAUGAAAAACCUUGGGCUGAAGCUGAGAGUAACUGUGUGAGGAUGGGAGGACACCUGGCCUCGGUACACAGCAAACAUGAGUCUUCUAUUAUCGAGGAUCUGAUCAACAAACACAUUCGCAACGCCAGGGACACAUGGAUUGGAGGAACCGAUGUUGCUAAGGAGGGUGUGUGGGUUUGGAGUGAUGGGUCCAGGUUUGACUACACUCACUGGUACGCUGGUGAGCCUAACAAUUAUGGUGUUGGCCAGCAUUGUUUACAUAUGCAUAAAGGGAAGUGGGAUGAUUAUGGUUGUGAGUACGGUCAUCCAUCAGUCUGUUCAUCAGCGUGUUCCAUGAAAGUGUCGUUUCCACAGUGUCUGAGGACUUGCCCUGGGGGCUGGUCAGAGUUUGGGAGCCGCUGCUUUCAGUUUGUUCACACUGUAACAACUUGGGCUGAAGCUGAGCGUAACUGUGUGAGGAUGGGAGGGCACCUGGCCUCGGUACACAGCAAAGAUGAAUUCUUAUUCAUCCAGGAUCUGAUCCAUAGACUCACUGCCCCUAGUGACGCACCAUACACGUGGAUCGGAGGGACCGAUGCUGCUCAGGAGGAUGUGUGGGUUUGGAGUGACGGGUCCAGGUUUGACUACACUCACUGGCAUUCUGCUCAGCCUGACAAUUAUUAUGGUGGUGAGAAUUGUGCACAUAUAACUGGAGAUUCGUGGAAUGAUAUCAGUUGUGAGUCUGGGUAUCCAUCAGUGUGUUCCAUGGGCUGAGGAGUUGCUGAAAGAAAUGCUUCCAUUUCAAGAUCAAAAGCAAGCUCCCACUGAAUGAUAUUGUUAUUUCCAGAAAUGUAGUUACUAUGAUUUUACCUGUUUUAAAAUUACAUAAAAAUGCUGUUCUUGCUAUCUUAAUAAUAAGUAAAAAUAAUCUUAGCAUUGCAUUUUCAAUUCAGUUUUAUUUUUUAAUACCUUUUUUUAAAUCAGUA